AUGGCGGAACUUCCACCGCUGCAGCUGCCCGCUGGCACAUAUAACCCUGUAAAUAAACGCGUCAUAUAUGUCGGCGGUCUUGCUGAAGAAGUCGAUAAGGAGUUAUUAAAAGCAGCCUUCAUUCCGUUUGGAGACAUCAUUGACAUCAAUAUGCCCCUCGAUUAUCAAACAGAAAAGCAUCGCGGAUUUGCAUUUAUCGAAUAUGAGGAAGCUGAGGAUGCCAUUGCUGCAAUUGAUAACAUGAAUGAAGGCGAAAUCUUUGGCAGAACGAUUCGUGUCAACGUAGCUCGUCCGGUUCGCAUCCGUGAAGGCUACGGCAAAGCUGUCUGGUCGGACGAUAAUUGGCUCAAAAAAUACGGAGGGUUGGGCGUUGAAGGCUCGAAGCCGGAUCAGUCCGUUGUCGUUCAACCUGGCGACCCCGCCUUGGAGACUGUUUCAAAUGUGGAGGCUGAUAACGAUGGUGAAAGCGACGCCAAGCGCGCCAAGGUGGCCUUACCUCGCGUCUUCCUAGACAUUCGCAUCGGAGACAGCGAUGUGGGUCGAAUCGUAGUUGAGCUGCGCAAAGAUGUGGUACCUCGAACCGCUGAAAACUUUCGGGCUCUCUGUACCGGCGAACGGGGUUUCGGCUAUCGAAAUUCUAUAUUUCAUCGUAUAAUACCUCAAUUCAUGUGUCAAGGUGGAGAUUUCACUCGAGGUGAUGGAACUGGUGGCAAAUCCAUCUAUGGUCGCAAAUUCGACGAUGAGAACUUCCAGCUUCGGCAUGAUGCUCCAGGCAUUCUCUCGAUGGCCAACUCCGGUCCAAACACUAAUGGGUCGCAAUUUUUCAUCUGUACAGAGCCUUGCGAUUGGCUAGAUGGUAAGCAUGUCGUUUUCGGUCGUGUGGUGGAGGGAAUGAGCGUGGUCAAACGGAUUGAGGCCACUGGAACGAAAUCAGGAACGCCAAAGGAACCUGUUCUUAUCACGUAUUGUGGCGAACUGGUGUAG